UCUUAGGGCCCCAAGGCGUCAAUUUAUGUAGAAGAAAUACAUUUUUGUGUCUUAAUCAAUUUUUCAUAGUUGAAUAUUAAUAUAUUGUGCAAAACAAUCACUUUAUGUUAAGUAUAAUUUGCUUUUUCGGCUACAAGUAAGUUUUAACCGUUCCUCUUUGUUGACUUUUUAACAAAUCAAUCGAAAUGUCAACGAAACGCAAACUAAUAAUUCCUAAAAGAGUAAGUGAUAUUGAAGAAUUGUAUUCACAUAUAGAAGACCCUGAUGAGAAAGAAUUUUUGUUGCAUAUGGGAGUCGAUAUGAUGGAGCAUGAGGCAUUCAAUAAUCCUGAUUACAAAUAUAAUUGUAAAGACUUUGAACUAGGAAAUCCUUUAGGAAAAGGAAAAUUUGGUAGGGUAUAUUUAGCUCGAGAAAAAAAGACAAAAUAUCUUGUCGCAUUGAAAACCCUAUUCAAAUCAGAAAUUAAAGCAGCAAAAGUUGAACGUCAGGUGCUUCGUGAAAUUGAGAUUCAAAGUAAAUUGAAACAUCCAAAUAUUCUGCGGCUUCUCACAUGGUUUCAUGAUGAAAAGAGGAUUUAUUUAGCACUGGAAUUAGCUGGUCAAGGUGAAUUAUAUAGACAUUUGAAGAACUCUCCCCAUGGAAGAUUCAACGAAAUAUUGUCUGCUAAAUAUACUUUCCAAGUUGCAGAUGCCCUUCAUUACUGCCAUUUAAAUGAUGUGAUACAUAGAGAUAUAAAGCCAGAAAAUUUGCUUUUAACUUAUGAUGGUGAUGUGAAACUUGCUGAUUUUGGCUGGAGCUGCCAUGCACCACGUAGCAAGCGUACCACACUUUGUGGAACCUUGGAUUAUCUUCCCCCUGAGAUGGUGUACAACUGUGUCUACGAUGAAAGUGUGGAUGUUUGGUGUUUAGGAAUUCUCUGCUAUGAGUUUUUAGUUGGAAAACCACCAUUUGAAAGUGAAAAUGCAAAACAAACUUAUGAAAAGAUUAAGAAGUCACCAGUGCAAUUUCCCAGUUAUUUAUCAGCUGGGUCAAAGGAUUUAAUUAGUAAACUGAUCAGACGGAGAUCUGAUAACAGAAUAAGCUUACCUUUGGUGAUGCAACACCCUUGGCUGGUAGAAUUGUAUGUAAGCAAAAUAAGAAGAUAAGUUUUCAGUUGACAUUUCAUCAUGCUGCUUUGCAUUGACUUUUUUUAACAAUAUUGUUACAUUGUUUUAUUUAUUUAUAUGCAAAUAUGUUUAACAUUCAAUUAUAUUAAGGUUUUUAAAUGUGACGAGUUGAAUUUUGUAUA